AGCAGCAGCAGCAGCACCAGGAAGGAGUUGGAUAUAUUAAGUAGGGGAGACGAUCUGCUGCAGGGUGCUGCAUCAUUAGCAGCAGCAGUUGGACGAUUAAGCGAAUUAAUUGUCUCCUUUUUGCUGCCAAAGUGUCUCCUUUUCAAGCAGCAGCAGCAGCAGCAGCAGCAGCAGCAGCAAAUAACACAGCAGCAACUCGAUGCAGCAGCAAAUACUUGGGAAGCUAAAUUAGAUCUAUUCACACAGGAUCCGUUAGCUGGCGUCGAGACCACGUUGGGUCUUUCCUCUAGCAGCGCUGCUGCAGCAGCAGCAGCAGCAGCAGCAGCAGCAGGAGAUGGUGCACCAGUUCGCGUGUCUCCUCUCACCAUCACGGCCUUCACGUGUGCUGCUGCUGUCUUACCUGCAAGGCCAGAUAGCAGAAAGCAGCAGCAGCAGCAGAAGCAGAAGCAGCAGCAGCAGCAGCAGAAGCAGCAGGACGCGUUGCUGCUGCAGCUGGAGUCCGUUAUAGCAGCAGAGCUGCAGCUACAUAAGGGCCUUUGCUGCAUGCUCCUUGCUGCUGCUCUCCACGUCCUUAGAACCCAUGUAACAACUUGCUAUCCUGCAGCAGCAGCAACAGCAGCAGCAGCAGCAGCAGCAGCGACCCAAACAACAACAGCAGCUUCACCAUACGCAGCAGAGGCAGCAACAGCAGCAGCAGCAGAACCAGCAGCAGCAGCAGCAAAGGUACCUGCAGCAGCAGCAGCAGCACACAUGCAUGCAGCAGGUCUUGCUGCUGUGUCUCUCCCUCAGCGGCAGCAAAAUAUGCAAGGGAAGGAGACAGUAACGCAGCAGCAGCAGCAGCAGCAGCAGCAGCACGGCCGCCAAGGGGCAGCGUCUCCGCACUUGAGCAUGCUAUACAGCAGCAGGCACAGACACCAACAGCAGCAGCAGCAACAGCAUCUGCUGCUGCUGCAGCAACCGAAGCUGCAGCAGCAGCACGGCAGGACCUCCAGGCAUACACAGCAGCUAUCGCCAUCUAGAAGAACAAAAGCUGCUGCUGCUGCAGCAGCAGCAGCAGCAGCAGCAGAAGCAGAUGUUUCUGAUAAUCCACAGCAGCAGCAGCAACAGCAAAGGCAGCACCUGCAGCAGCAGCAGCAGCAGCAGCAAGAGGAGGAGGAGGAGGAGGAAGAAGUAACAGACAGCAUGGCACAAGCAUUAGGAGACAGUUGCCAGCCCUCUGAUUCCCUAACAAGUAUGCGGCAGCAAGGACAAGCAGCAGCAGCAGCAGCAGCAACAGCAGCAGCAGGAGAUGUACAAUUGCUAGCAGCAGAUACAAGAGCAGCAGCAGAAGAAGGACUUCUUGCUGAGGUUUGCUUCGAUGCAGCAGCAGCAGCAGAUAAAUCUGCUGCUGAAUUAGCAGCAGCAGCAACAAGUUGUCUCCUUGGGCUGUCUAUACACUGCAAUACAUGGCAAUCUAUUUCCUUGCUGCUGCGAAUUGUUGCUGCUGCACCUGCUAUCCUUGAUGACAGCAGCAGCAGCAGCAGCAGCAGCAGGGAGGAUGUGCAUACCUGGAUGCAGCUGCUGCUGCUGCUCUUCCCUCGAGGAGGAGACAGCUGCCUGCAGCUGUCUGUUGCAGCAAUGCAGAUAUUUGAGUCUCUUGCUGCUAAGGCCCCACAAGGCCGUGCUGCAGCACGUGCUGCAGCAGAAGCAGCAGCAGCAGCAGCAGCUGGAACAGGUCACCAGCAGCAGCAGCAGCAGCAGCAGCAGCACAUGCAGGACUCUAUGCGGGGAGGACGAGCAAGAAAGCGCAUUGACCGUGGCGCCUCUCAUAAGACACAAGCUUCUGCUGCUGUUGUGUCCCUGCGGUGUCUCACCGAGCUCUUGUGUCCGUCUACUGCAGCAGCUGCUCCGCAGCAGCAGCAGCAGCAACAGCAGCAGCAGCAGCAGCAAGGGGAAGCUGCUGAGGAGCAGCAGGGUACCCAGAGUUCUCUAGCAUCAGACACCUGGAGUCACAGCAGCAGCAGCACGACCAGCAACAAAAGCAGCAACACAAGGAGCCGCAGCAGCAGCAGUACCACCACCACCACCACCACCACAACUAGCAGCACAACUAGCAGCAGCAGCAGCAGCAGCAGCAGUUUGCUGCUGUCUCCUUCCUUAGUACGGGGUGUAUCACGAGGUAUAUUUAAUACAAUAGAGGGAAGGAGACACCGCCUAUUAGCAAGAGGAGGGACAAUAAGGAGACUAAGGCAGCAAAUAGAGACAGUUGCUGCUGCUGAGGGUAGAGGAGACACAGAUGCUGCUAUUGCUGCUGCAGCAGCAGCAGCAGCUGCUGCUGCUGCUGCACCCGUAUCAGGCAUGCCAAGCUCCCAAGGAGACAGCAGCAGGAAUCAACAGCAGCAACCACAGCAGCAGCAGCAGCAACAGAAGCAGAAGCAGCAGGAAGGAGAAGAUGAUAGGGAUAAAAGGUUUGCUGCUGCUGCUGUUGAAUAUGCAGCACAAUCCUCUUGGCUGCAGCAACUGCAGCAGGAAGAGUUGCUGCUGCAUGCAGCAGCAGUUGAGUGUCUCCUUCGUCUCUCUCGUAUAGAUAUAGAUUCUGUCCUUAGUCCCCUUACCUCUUCUCCUCAAUCUGCUGCUGCUGCUGCUGCUGUUGCUGCUGCUGCUGUUGCUAAGAAGGCAACAGCAACGAAGCAGCGACCAGGUCAGACUGGAAAGGAGAAAGCAGCAACAGCAGCAGCAGCAACAACUGCUGCUGCUGCUGCUGCACAGAAACAGCAGCAGCAGCAACAAGUGUCCCCUGUACACCCCGCGCCUGUGUGGGGCCCCACAGGUCUUGCUGCAGUGCUGCUAGAUCCGCAACAAUUUCAAGACACAGCAGCAGCAGCAGCAGCAGCAACAGCAGCAACAGCAGCAGGAGGAGGAGGAGCAGCAACAUUACAAUGGGGAAACUGCUGCUUCUGUAGCAGCAGCUGCAUACACCGUGCGUUUGCUGCUGCUGUUGCUGCUGAUAGAUCUCUUGCUGCUAAGGCUGUUACUCAUCUUACGCAAGUGUGUAAUACAUCUAAUGCUGCUGCUGCUGCAGCAGCAGCAGCUGCUGCUGCUGCUUCUUCUGCUGCUCCUGGUGGAGAAGCGUACCGGGUGCCCGCAUGCGAACAGCAAUCUAUAAUUGCAGCAGAAGCAGCAGCAAAGCACCAUGCAACUUUGCUCCUGCUGCUCCUGCUGCAGCACGAGCAGCAGCAGCAGCAGCAUAAUCAUCGUCCCUCUUCCUUUGGUCGCAUGCUGCAGAGACACUGCGCGCCCCUCUUAGGUACUGCAUUAAUGCGAAUAGGGAUGGCGCAUGCAGCAGCAGCAGCAGCAGCAGAUAACCACAAGCCUCAGCAGCAGCAGCAGAAACCGCAGCAGCAGCAGCAGCAGCAGCAGGAGUGCAGCAGCGAGCUACGGAUACUAGGAGAGGGACAUGAGUUGAUUAGCUGGAAGUGUCUCCGUCAUCUUGUUGCUGCAGCAGGUGGCAACAAGCAACAGCAGCAGCAGCAGCAGCAGCAGCAGCAGUAUCAUCAUCAUCAUCAGCAGCAGCAGAUGGUUGUAUCGCAUGCAGUUGCUGCAGCAGCAGAGUUGCUGCUAGCAGCAGCAGAUGUUGCAGGACUUAAGGAGACAUUUGCUGCUCUUGAUUGCUGCUGCUUCCUUAUUAAGGCAAUAAAUUAUAAUACAUUUAUUGCUGCUAUACAUGAUGCUGCACUGUUAUUUAGUGUCUCCUUUCCUUUUAUAUCAUCAGGAUUAAUAUCCUUUUUGUCUCCUUUCUGCAGCAGCAGCAUUGUUGCUGCUAGAUACACCGCAAUUGCUGCUGUACAAGGUGCAGCAGCAGCACUGCAUGCAGCCAGUCUUACUUAUUCGCCUCAGCUUGCUGUUGCUUCUGCUGCUGCUGCUGAUAGCAGCAGCAGCAGUACGUACCACUUUGCACGGCAGCAAUACCACCAGCAGCAGCAGCAGCAGCAGCAUGGACUGCCGCUGCAGCAACAGCAGCAGCAGCAGACGAAGCAGCAGCAGCAGCACACUUGUGCUUCGUGGCCGUCGGUGCUGCCCGACAGUCUUCUUUCUUCGUUAGCUGCAGACAAACCAGCAGCAACAGCAGCAGAGUCUGCUGCUGCUGCUGCUGCUGCUAUUGCAGGGCAGAGACAAGAGACACUGCAGCAAGGGAGACAGAGACUGCAGCAGCUGCUUGCUGCAGCAACAGAUGCAGCAGUAGAAGCAGCAGCACUAACCCUUGAGGAUUUGCAUCCGCAGCUGCUGCUGCUCGAGAGAAUCUCUGCAGAAGGAGACACACAACCUGCUGGUGCUGCUGCUGCUGCUGCUGCUGGGGAGACAGCAGCAGACACGCUGCUUGCUGCAGACGCGCUGCAGUGUCUCCGUUUAUCCAUGGGGUGUCUCCAAGUCUCAGCACACUUAUGGGUAGGCCUCCAUAAGGCAGCAGCAGCAGCAGCAGCAGCAGCAGCAGCAGCAGGAACAGCAGCAGCAGCAGGAGCAGCAGCAGGCGAUGGAGGGCGUAUGGUUGCUGCUGCACACCAGGUAGCAGCGGCAAACACUGCAACAGCAGCAGAAGCAGCAGCAGCAGCAGCAGCUCCUGCUGCUGCUGCUGCUGCUGCAGUGGCAGCAUUUGGGUCUGAAGGUCGUGCUAUGACGGUCUUAGCGGUCUUAGAAAUU